AACGUUUCAAGGUGAGCGAGCAUCGAUAUGUUACGCUAACAUUAACUCUUUCUAUCAAAACACAACAAAAAUGAAAGAAGCGUGUUGGUGAUACAAUUUGACGUGUUGACUUCACUGGGAAGAAUCUGACUGUUUUGAGCUACUGGCUGUAUCAUUGCAGAAUAGUGACAUUUAAGAUUUCUGAACCGUGAUAAUGGCGGUAACAACAGAGGAUGAUGUUGACAAUCUCUCUGAAGCACCCCUUGAGCAUACUGCAGUGUUGGUGCACUGUCUUUCAGCUGGAGAAACGGAGAAAGCUAGUGCUAUAUUCAGUGAUGUUAAGUAUGAAAAGUGUAUUGUGGAAGAUAGCAGCAGCAUUAUCGAGGCAGUGAAGCAGUUUGUGACCCGUGAUGUAUUUAAGAAAAGACCAAAUGUGUUUCAGUGUGUCCAGGAUAUUCUGUUGUGUUUGGCACAGAAAGCCAUCCCAGAAAAUUUACUUCUUGAAUUUGUAGAAUUAGGAGAAACAUUGGGUGACGACACUGUACUAAUAAUGAUCCUAAAACCAUUACAAGUUGUGUUGGGCAGGCUUCAAAAAAACAGAGGUUUCUCUCUUAUGUGGUGCCUAAACAUGAUAGAACAGAAUGUCAAAAAAUUACCAGCUCCAGAGAAUCACAAUCUCGAAGGGGAAGAGACAAAAUUGCUAGAUUGUGAUCCAAACAUAGAACAUAUUGUCAGUGUAUAUAGGUGUAUUGAGCCAUUUUAUAGCCAUUUCAUUUCUCAGAUAACUGCCAAAACUGCAGUUACCUCAAUUGAAGCAUCUGCACAGAGAACUAGAGAGAGAAAAUUUUUAAUCAGAUCCAUAAUUAUGAUAUUAGGCCACCCCUUCAUUCACACUUCUCUGAGACUUGAAGGUCACAGUAAAAGUGAGUCAAGAGUCAUCGCAGAGAAUCUGGUAAGAAAUUUAUUCUGUAUUGCAAAUGAUCUUUUAAAAUUCUUAGAAUAUACUGAAGUUAAAAGCACAAAGAUAAAAAAGAGAGAUCAGCAAAGCCAUUAUAAAUCAGUAGAAGAUGCUCUCAAUGACCCAGUUUUAGAGCAGCCAUCAACUAGUAUAUUUGGUACAGAUGAAGAAAUCCCCAUGUUAGGUUUGGGUACAUUGUAUUAUUUAAUUCUUGGGGAACAUUUUCUUGAAGAAAUUCUACCUACAGUUUACAACCCCAUUUACGUAUUUCAUAAAAACUUACUUCUUAGUGCAGAAAUGCUCAAAUGUUCUGAACAAUUGAUAAUAUACAAGGGCUUGAUUUUAGCACACACAGUCACAUCAAGGAUUGCUAAAGCAUCCCUGACAAACUCUUCAGUUGAAAGUGAAAUCCACAGCAAAUUUCUAGGUCGUUUACAACCUGUGAUGGUUUAUUGUCCAACUGAAGAGUAUAGAAAGCUUGCAGUCAGUGUUUUUGAAGUGUACCUUUCUGUAUUAGACAGGAAAUGUCUUUAUUUGUUGCUAGUGCAUUUGUCACAAACGGCUGAGUACUCUGCUGUCAAUAGUUUUCUUGUCACGUAUUUAAAGAAUGUUAUGUUGGAAGAAAUGAAGAUUAGCAGCAACGUAUCACCUUAUUUUAAAGGCAGAAUGCUUCAGAUUUUAGUCAAGAAGUGUUGUACACUACCUGAAGGAGCAGAGACUGACCUUCUGGAACAUAUGUCGAGAAUAAAUUCUGUUCUUAAUUUCAUUCGCUAUAUGGUUAUAAGAGACAAAGAGAACAAAACAGGGUUUCUUGAUUGUUUGCCUGAAUUAAAGCAGUCAUUUCUUAAUCCACUUGAAGAAGCUCUUAAGUUGUCAAGAAGCCACUAUGAACUGAAACUCAAAGAAGAACUCGAGAAUAAAAAAAACAAAUCAAGUUCAGACAAAAGUGAUGGGCUGGAAAUAAAAGUUACAGUGGCAGGAAAACUUUUCGAACAAGAUCCUGUCAGUACAAUAAAGUGCUCACUGACCUAUUUUGAUUUGAUAGAAAGUCUUCUGUGCCGAGUGAACGAGUGUUUAGAAUCUCUGUAAUGUUGAUGUGAGUGUGUUAUUGUUGUUGUGUAAGUGCGCAAUGUGAUUUUUAGGGUUCAAGUUGACAUUGUUAAAAUUGUGCCUUGCUAGUACUUGUUAUUGAACAUUACACUACUUGUGUAAUAAAGUGUUCAUGCCUGUAA